UGUUUUAGACGACGGACAACGGACAACUAGCUACUUAGCGGCCGCUGGAAACAAAACCUGGCUUCAAAGCAAAUUCUCAUGUUACCCAGAGAAGCCCUGGCUGUAUCUGGUUCCCCGCGUAGCUAAACAUCUCCUUUCAGUUUUAGACUGUCCGCUGUUUUCUUCCGGAGGCUGAGAGUUUCGCGGUGAAAAUGGGAGUACCGAAAUUUUACCGCUGGAUAUCGGAGCGCUAUCCGUGUCUGAGUGAAGUUGUGAAGGAGCACCAGAUUCCUGAAUUUGACAAUCUCUAUCUGGACAUGAAUGGCAUCAUCCACCAGUGCUCUCACCCAAACGACGAGGAUGUCCACUUUCGCAUCUCUGAGGAAAAGAUUUUUGCUGACAUCUUCCAUUACCUGGAAGUGCUCUUCAGGAUCAUCAAGCCUCGCAAGGUCUUCUUCAUGGCUGUGGAUGGUGUGGCACCAAGAGCAAAAAUGAACCAGCAGAGAGGACGCAGAUUCAGGUCCGCCAAAGAAGCAGAGGACAAGAUAAAAAAAGCUCUGGAUAAAGGAGAGGUGCUUCCCACAGAGGCUCGCUUCGACUCCAACUGUAUCACUCCUGGCACUGAUUUCAUGGCGAGACUUCAGGAACAGCUCAAGUAUUUCGUCCACAACAAGCUCUCCAAUGAUAAGCUGUGGCAGAAUGUCAGGGUCUAUCUGUCCGGCCACGAGACACCAGGGGAGGGAGAACAUAAAAUCAUGGAGUUUAUUCGGUCUGAGAACAGCCAGCCGGGUCAUGAUCCCAACACCCGACAUUGUCUGUAUGGCCUGGAUGCAGAUCUGAUCAUGUUGGGCUUAACCAGCCAUGAGCCAAAUUUCUCCCUGCUCAGAGAGGAAGUCCGCUUUGGAGGGAAGAAAUCCCAGAAAAGGAUAACGGCUCCAGAGGAGACAACUUUUCACUUGCUUCACCUGUCGCUGAUGAGAGAAUACAUAGAUUAUGAGUUCUCUGCUCUCAAGAAUCAGAUGGGUUCUAAUUAUGACUUGGAGCGAGUAAUAGACGACUGGAUUCUAAUGGGCUUCCUCGUCGGAAAUGAUUUCAUCCCUCACCUCCCUCAUCUUCACAUCAAUCAUGAUGCUUUGCCGUUGCUGUACAAGACAUAUAUCAGUGUGCUACCCAGCCUGGGGGGUUAUCUGAAUGAGAACGGCAACCUAAACCUCAGAAACUUUGAGAGAUACAUGGAGAAGCUUGCAGAGUUCGAUCGGGAGCAUUUUAGCGAAGUGUUUGUGGACCUGAAGUGGUUUGAGAGUAAAGUUGGUAACAAAUAUCUGAACGAGGCAGCUGGACUGGCAGCUGAGAAGGAAGCUGCCAGCAAAGACACCAACAAGAACGAACAUUCAGCCCUUUCUCUGGCGGCUCUGACCUCAUCAGAACAAGUGAUUGGAGAAGGAAAAGGAGCAGACGAGGAGGAGGAGGAGGAUGACAUGUUUGAAACUGAGUUCAGACAGUACAAACGCACAUACUAUAUGACCAAGAUGGGCGUGGAUGUAGUGUCUGACGAGUUUCUGGCCAAGCAAGCCAAGUGUUAUGUGGAAGGUAUCCAGUGGAUUCUCCACUACUAUUACCAUGGAGUCCAGUCCUGGAGCUGGUACUACCCCUUCCACUACGCUCCUUUCCUGUCUGACAUCAGGAAUAUAUCUGAGUUAAAGUUGACCUUUGACCUUGGAAAACCCUUCAUGCCCUUCCAGCAGCUGUUGGCAGUCCUGCCUGCUGCCAGCAUGGAGCUGCUGCCUGAGUGCUACAGGCACCUGAUGACCAGUGAAAGGUCUCCCAUUAUUGAGUACUACCCUCUUGACUUCAAAACUGACCUCAAUGGCAAGCAGCAAGAAUGGGAAGCUGUUGUGCUCAUUCCUUUCAUUGACGAGCGGUGCUUACUGGCCGCCAUGGAUCCCUGCAAUGACAAGCUGACGAAAGGAGAGAAGGCCAGGAAUCGUCACACAGAGUGUGCAGUCUACUCAUAUGACCACGAACUAGACUUCACAUACACCUCCACCCUGCCUCAGCUGUUUCCUGACAUCAUCCACUGUCAUGUCAGGAAAGCAAACAUCCCUAUGGACGCUUGGCAAGUGCAGCUAGACCACGUCAGCAGGCGCGUCGACCGCUCGGCUCUGUACUUCUGCGGCUUCCCCACCUUGCAACACAUCAGACACAAGUUUUAUAAAAAGAAGAGUGGGGUGGUCGUUUUCCAGCAGAGCAGCAGAGGGGAGAACAUGAUGCUGGAUAUCCUCCAUUCCCAGGACGGGGAAACGAUAUGUGAUGAUGUUGCUGCACAAGUACUUGGGAAUUCUGUGUUUGUCAACUGGCCCCAUCUAGAGGAAGCUCGCAUCAUUGCAGUUUCAGAUGGAGAAACCAAGUUUUAUCUGGAGGAACCUCCUGGUGUCCAACGAGUGUAUGACAGACCGUCCACUCCUCCUCCCACCAAAGUCACCUGCCUGUCCGACAAGGAGCAGAAAGAAUGGGUGAAAGAUGUCCAGGGAAUAACUGAAUAUUUCUUGAAGAGGAAAGGCAUCGUGGUGAAUGAGACUGCAGUAGUUUUAUAUGGCCAGCUGCUAACAGGGAGGAAGUAUGUUCCCAAAGCCAAUGGGGUGGUGGAACUGGAGAAACAGUGGUCCAAACAGGUCCUCCCUUUCGCCUACCAGACCGUGGUUAAGGACAUCAAGGCCUUCUACUCCUCUCUGACCUGCUUUAAGAGCUUAGAUGAGCUCUUUCCUCCAGCAACCACUGUCUUCAUGGUGGGAAACCCAUACUAUGGUGCCAUGGGAGAGGUGCAAGAUUCUCAAGAUGUCAUCAAAGACGGGCGGGUACGAGUCGUCUUCAACGUGCCGUAUGAGCCACAGCUGGAGCACUUAAUCCAGAAUCAGCAUAAAUACUGUGUGAAGUACAGUCCUGGAUACGUUCUGGCCUCUCGUCUCGGCAUCACCAGUUAUCUCGUCUCCCGCUUCUCUGGAAGCAUCUUCAUUGGCAGAGGCUCUAAGAAGAAUCCCUGUGGGGAACAAAAAGCUAACGUUGGCCUAAACUUGAAGUUCAACAAGAAGAACGAGGAGGUUCCUGGAUACACGAAGAGAACGGAAAAGGAAUGGCUCUACUCUGCUGCUGUUGAAGAGCUGCUAGCUGAAUACCUGGACAGGUUUUGUGAAGUAUUUGAUACAGUGUCCAGAAAUAGUCACGAUGAUGUUUUCUAUGAAGAUGACAUCUGGCCUGGAGAGGACCAGAACGGGGCAGAGAAGGUGACUGAAAUCACCUCAUGGCUGAAAAGUCACCCAGUCAGCUCCAUCAGCAGGACGUCAUGUGACCUCCAAGUUCUGGACUCUGCCAUUGUGGAGAGAAUCGAGGAUGCAGUGGACAAGGCCAAGGUUAAGAAGAGCACUAAGAAAGUCCGUGUGACAGUCAAACCUCAUCUCCUCUUCAGGCCGUUGGAGCAGCAGCAGGGUGUGGUUCCAGAUCCAGAUGCAGAAUAUCGACUGUUCGACAGAGUCGUCAACAUCAGGGAGAGCUUCACCGUCCCACUGGGACUCAGAGGGACCAUCAUUGGCAUCAAAGGAGCGGAGCGUGAGGCCGAGGUUCUCUAUGAAGUGCUGUUUGAUGAAGAAUUUGCUGGAGGUCUCACCAUCAGAUGUACGUCUCCUCGAGGCUACCGCCUCCCUCCCUGUGCUCUGAUCAAUCUUUCCCACGGAUGCCGAGUGGACCACACCUCCCACAAACUCACCGCUAUCGUCAAACCUCAGCCUGUCGCCGGCGCCAACUACAACUCACACCGUCAGCUGGCGGGACUCAACCACUCUCCUCGUUCACCCUUUGUUCCCACUCAGCAUAACAACAAACAUGGUGUGAUGAAGGCUGCAUCUCAGGGCAACAGGAGUUCUCCUUCUAAAGGUCCCAUCCAGAAACAACAGGGAAAGAGUAAAGAUGAGUACAGCAGUGUGUGGCAGUCUCUGCAGAACUCUGGCCCGCCUAACAAACCUCCAGCUCACUGGCAGAAUAGCGAAGGAAAUGCCCAACAAGGGAAGAACCAACACGGCAUCAAAUCUGCUCCACCUGGUGGCAUCAGACUGUUAAAGAAAAACGAAGAUGCCAACUCGUUUUUCCCCUCACAGAACACAGCCAACAAGACUACGACUGAAUUUGAGGACCUCAUUGCCAGUUUAAAGAUCUCCAAAGGUAAUCAGCAAACCCCACCACCUCCUGUACCUCCACAAGCACCCGCGAACCAAUCAGAUGGCCCGUUGUCUCCACAGUCGUUCGCCAUGAAGGGAACCCUGGUGCUGAAGGAGAUGCUUAAGAUUGACGGCACUGGAUCAGGAAGCCCAUCUCCCCAAGAGACAGGAAACACUACACAAUCAACCGGUCAGCAGCAGAACAGGAGACGAUCGUCCAAAAAACUAGCUGCAAUGAUGAACACUCCCCACAACGACGCACCGAUGCUACCAACACCAGCUGGGCCUGCUAAAGCCAUGCUGAGUAGUAAGGUGUCAGAGCUGGCCUGUGUGUGUGUGGGGUUGGGUAUGGCACCGCCGGAGUUCAGCUUCAUACGCAACAGACAGGGUCUAGUCGUGUGUCAGGUGAAGCUUUCCAACGGGUUGAUGGUUCAUGGUCCACAGUGCCAAUCAGAAAAUGAUGCCAAGGAGAAAGCAGCCUUCUUUGCCCUUCAAAGACUGAACUCAGUGGGUUCGGGCUUCCCGCUCCCUCCUCCUAUAUAUCCAGGAGUUGGUCAAAUACGACCUCCACCCAUAGGAGCCAUGACCCCCGUCUUCAACCAACAAGGUGGUUUGCUGUUGCCCCCUCAGGGUUAUGGUCCGGCCCCUCUGUGGGGAAUGGCGCUGCCUCCUCACCACCACCAGAACCAGCCGUUCUACGGAGCAGCAGGGACCUUCCCCGGCGCCCAACGCCCUCAGCCUGCAACUACACUGCCCAUCGGCUCCCACAACCAGUUCAUCCCGUUACAGGUGACUAAGAAACGAGUAUCGGCCAACAAAAAGAACCAAGAAACUCGUGAGUUCUACAGCGCCGCCCAAAUCGUUGCCAAGAACCAAUCACAGAAAGCCCAGAGCCAUCCGUCUGGCCAAUCGCUAGCUCAGAGCGAACCCCAGAGCGGUAAAAUGGACCAGCCACACCAACACGCCGCCAACAGCAACCCCUCCUCCUCCUCCCAUCCUGGACUGCUAGACGCCGUUUCCACGACGACAGCAGCCCCGCACACACCGCCUCGACAGAACGUGCCGGCAACAGGCCACACCCCCGGCUCCGCCUCCAAGAGGAAGCACAGGAAGUUGGCGGUGAACUUCGAGGCGGCUAAAGUGUCGGAGUGAUGAGCUCGUGUGUGUCUGUGUGUGUUUGUGUGAGGAGAGGGAGGUGUGUGUUGUGUUUUUAAGCUGCUGUUUUGUAGCCUGUCUCUGGUCAAAAACCUCGUCAGUGUCGCUCAACGUUUCAGAGUACAGCAGCUUCAGUCAGGAACGCAGAGCAAACUCUGGAUUCUCCCAAUUUUCCUCUGUCAUCUGACCAAAACGCAACUCAAAAACAUCAAACAUACGAGACCUCCGUCGUCUCUCCGCCUCCUCAGUGGUGAUCAGAGCCUGUCGUAGAGCUACAUUCCCCCGAAAAUGGCUUUUUAAAGCUGAUGUACGACCAGUGUGAGCCCACAGGCUGCUGUACAGUUUGCUCACUGAUGUGGAAGGGCAGAGUGCAUUCUGGGAUGCAGCCAGAGGUCUGUUUUGUUUUUCUUUCUUCUUUCUCUGGAUCACAUUAUUAGUGCUCUCCUCAGAACAACUAGAGGAAAAAAUGUUUAUUGCAGCAUUUUCUGUUGGUUGUUGUGGAUAUUCAGUAAUCAGCUUUGCUAUCAUUGUACUCAGCCGGUCAGAACAGAUGUACUGGUGGUGAACAAAGCUCAGGCUAGUGUUUAAAAGAGAAAUCGAAGUAUUGUAUUAGCUAUUAAUCUUUAAUUUCUCUAUGAACUGGUCAUCCAAAUAGCAAAGAUGCCUGUAAAAUUCACCCACAGCCUAAACUAAUGCCUUAAAAUGUCUCGUUUUGUUGGAGCAACAGUCCAGAAUACAGACACUUAGUUGUGAGAAGGAAAAGCAUUAAAAUGAAGAACAAGUUCAUGGAUUAAUUUUCCUUUAAAAAUGACUUGGGCAUUUAUUUAGUUGUCAGAAAUAGCUGCAGAUUAUUUUUCAUUUAGUACCGCAGCCACAGUUGUUGCUAAAACUGAAUUUGUUCUCAACCUGAUUAUCUUAAUGCUCGUGUUUUGGGACAGAUAUUAGCAGUGACGUUUACAGUGUUAUCAUAGCUGAAAAAAAGCCAAAAGCUACCAAAGUAUAAGUUGUAAUGAACUAUUUCCUUUAGCUGCUUGAGCAGAGAGAGACUUUGAAACAGUCUUCUGACUAAAUUUGCUUUACAGACUAAAAACGUCUUGUAGUGAAGAAGCGAAACACUGCCUUAAAGGUGCUUUGUCUUCAUAAAUAUCUGUAAAUAUCUGUUUUAGAGAAAAUCCCUAGCAUGUUUAAACCAGACGGAGUAAAUUAAAAGGAAGGAGGGUUGUUGUGGUAUUAAUUAUGCAGAGAUAUAGGCCUUCUAUUGUGACUGUUUGGAUCAAAACCUAUGAGUUCUAUCACACCAACACUGAGGAGCUCUUUUAAUGGUUCUUUUGCUUUUUGAUCAGUGUUCUCCACAGCCUUUCUUUUUAUUUUUAUUUUUCUCUCAGAGUUUUUAGACUUUUUAUGGCUCCAAAGUACAAAAGCUGAAUGCACACUGCCUGCACACAUGGCAGAAUUAUGUGGAAAUAAUUUGAAUUUGAUCUUACACACACACAAAUACACACAAACACACAGCACAUUUCCACUGCAGAGCUGUUCCACCAGCACAUUUUCUAUCCUUAAAACAACCUGAUCAGUCACAUUUCCUCUGUAUCUCCACUGGACGUACAGAACGAUUUUCACUGCCAGAGUUUCCAAAAGCAUCUUUGUACGGAAUCGAUCAACUUUGAAAGGUUCACGUGGCCAUCUGUGGUCGUGUGAAACGACCCAAUGAACAUUUAUUUUCUGUUUCGACUCGGGCUGCAAACAACAAAAGUUGUCAUUAUUGAUUAAUUGAUUCAUUUUUUAAUAGUAGCUUGUCCGAGGUGAUCAUGUCAAAUGUUUUUUCCACCCAAAAAGACAUUUUAUUGAUCAGUAAUUGUAAAUUAUUAGGUUUUUGAAUGUGGAACCAGUGAAUGACACUGUUUUUUGGGAAUAUGGAAGCUCCUAGAAUUAAUAUUACUGUUUGUUCUUGACGUCAGUAGAAGAGAAAAAAUGCGAACAAACGAUGAGAAUUUUAUUGAUUUUUAUGGAUAAAUUUCAAAUAUAGUUUGUAUUUGCCAAAAGUUUUGAUUCCACUGUGAUACUUGUGUUGUAGUCGUACCUUAGUUGUCGAUCAGUGGUGCAGGGCACAAACUGAUGAGCUUCCCAAACGUAUUGAUCAGUUAUUCUGAUCAGGUGUAGACAUUGAUAUGUGGAGAUACUUAUUUUUGAAUCUGUAAAUGCAGCCAAAAAGAAAAAAGUCUAACUUUAAUCCAAAACAUGCCUCUAAGAUGCUUUUGGGAGCAUUUUCCAAAUCUUGAAUUGGUGCUUUUCUGAAGACGUUUUAAAUUCUGGCCUUUAUUAUCCACAUUGACACAACACACACACUCAUAAUAUCUUUCCAUUUUAAAGAUUUCUUUUUUCAAAUUCUGGAUUUUAUUGACGCCCUUUUUAUAGAUGCUCUGGGGGUCUUUUGUAAGCAACCUGGCUUAAUAAUCUUUUCAAUAAUGUUUUUUGGCGAUGAAAGCAGCCGUAAUGUUUCCUUUGUCCUCGUUUUGAGAGACGCAGGCCGACAGCAUGUUUUGCUCGUUUCUUUUUUUUUGUUUGGUUUUUAAGGCUGACACCCUGGGACUGAAGUCUACGAGGCUCUGGUGCAAUAAGGGGAGGUUUUAAAACUGUUCUUUUUUUUUUGGAAAUUGAAGCACACCUGUUGUAAAUGUGUUGUUUUUUGGGGGGAGGGGAAUGAAACAAAAGAAGUGUCUAUGAAAAGAUAAAGAUAAAUUUGCUGUUUUGAUUCAGGAAUGUGCUGUACAGAUCCAUUUAAUAAUAAAGGGAAUCUUUUGUUA